CUUGAGAGUAGGUGGACGUCUUAGGGAAGCCAAUGUGGACCUAAAAGAGAAACACCCUGUGAUAGUUCCUGGACAGCAUCAUAUAGCCACUCUGCUCGUGCAACACCACCAUGAACAGACAAAGCACCAAGGUCGGCUGUUCACAGAAGGAGCUCUAAGAGUGGCUGGACUGUGGAUUGUUGGAGCUAAAAGAUGUGUAUGCAGAUUCAUAUUUAAAUGUGUUACCUGUCGGAAACUUCGUGGUAUGUCGCAACCACCGAAGAUGGCAAACCUCCCGUAUGACCGACUAAGUACGGAUCCACCCUUCACUAAUGUUGGCUUAGACGUGUUUGGUCCUUGGCCUGUUGUUGUCCGUCAAACCAGAGGAGGCCGUGCGCAUGGAAAACGUUGGGCGAUUAUGUUCACCUGUCUGUCCAUCAGAGCUGUCCAUAUUGAAGUAAUUGAAUCAAUGGAUACUCCCUGUUUCAUUAAUGCUUUCCGACGUUUCAUCGCCAUCAGGGGACCUGUCAAACACAUUCGUUCUGACCGAGGCACAAACUUCGUCGGAGCAGCGAGAGAACUACAACUCUCUUCCAACUUAGAUGUCAACAACAUAGAAAGAUACCUCAGUGAGCGAGGCUGCACUUGGACCUUCAACCCACCACACUCUUCACACAUGGGAGGUGCUUGGGAGAGGAUGAUAGGCAUCGCACGGAGAAUCCUUGACUCAAUCUUCUUACAAGAAGGAUCUUCAAAGUUGACUCAUGAAAGCCUGACUACCUUCAUGGCGGAAGUAUCGGCUAUCAUAAAUGCUAGACCGCUAAGACUGAACAAAUUUGUGCUCCUCCUGGAGAAUUUAAUUCCAAAGAUCUUUACAGAAAUCGAUGGAGACAAGUACAGAGUCUCUCAAACUCGUUCUGGGAUAAGUGGAAAAAGCAAUACAUUCCCACUCUGCAACCAAGGAGAAAGUGGCAAACCAGCAAGCCUAACCUCCAGCCCGGCGAUGUAGUCCUAAUGAAAGACUGCCAGUCACGAAGAAACGAGUGGCCGUUAGGUCUUGUGACUAAGACAUUCCCAAGUAAGGACGGAAUUACACGUAAAGUAGAACUGAAAAUACGCAGACAGGGAGAAACCAAAUUGUUUCUCAGACCAGUAAGAGAACUCGUUCUACUGUUUACACCCAACGAAUACAAUAAUGACGUCGGUUGACGUCAAGCGGGGAGUGUUCUGUCCCUAGAUACAGGUCCAGUUGUUUGUAUGUUAUUAGUUGACAUUGCAUUCUUUUUACCUGUCUUAUAAUUCAUUUACUUUAUUAUUGUGUGGCAACAGCACCAUCUACUGACCAGUUCAGAAUUGCAUUUAGUCUCGUUUUUGCAAUGUAUUGUGGGAGCCACCAGAGGUAUUGUGGGAACUUCCUGCUUCUUCUCCUCAGUCCUGUCUUAUACAGCAUGCAGUCACCAUCUUGUCUCAGGAGCCUAAUCCUCAUCCCUUGGUUCCUACCUCAUCAGCCAGUUAUUGAGCCUGUUUUCAAGCAUAGUCGGUAAGGUCACUAUCUUGUGACAUUUAUCUUAGCCUAAAUGUGUUACUAGUCUCUCAUAGCUAGUUGCUAUUAUUCGUAUUGCCAUGUGCUGCAUGCAUUGCAGAUAUAUUCUGUGUCUUAGGCCAUGUACCAUAGAUAUGUUCUAAAUGCUACUGUUUUAUUCUGUAGUUUCACCGCUUUCCUGUCAUUCUACUAUCAAUAAAAGAGGAAGUUAAAGCAGUACAAUUUCUUCUCUUCUUGAAUACGGGAUCGGUUUAGCUACAUGUCAGAUUACACACCGUGCUAACGUGUAUGAGGACA